CGCCUUUCGAGAUUUCCCGCGGUAUCGUUUGAUAAUCGCAAUCACUCGUUAAUGCACGCAACCCUCAUAGAGUAAAACGUAAACAAGUGAUCGCGAUAUGUCUCUCGCGGGAAAUCAAAUUUUAUAAAGAGAUCGAGAACGAAAGGAGUGUUUUUGACUGAACGCAGGAAUGCAUUCCAAGGUUAAUUCAAGAUCGAGUUUUAGUGGGUUUCCAACACCAGCCAGACCAGUUCCGAAGUUUUUCCAGGAACCGUCGUUUUCACAUAAAAAGAAUACUGGCUCGACCCCUCAUGGCUCCCUACCACCGCGACCUCCAGCAAAGAGUCUUCCGUCUGUGAGCCGUUUGUUUCCUCACCGAUCUAGAACUGAGGAUGAGAACAGAGCUACAAAUGUUUCCUUCAGACAAGCAGAUAACUCUGUUCUCCAGAGUCCUCACUAUAACCAAAGCAGUGGGGAACUAUAUUUUGAUCAGUGUUUCAGAGUGGAGAGAAGACUAGGAGCUGGAUCAUUUGGAGAAGUUUUCAAGGUCCAGAGCAAAGAAGAUGGCGGGUAUUACGCAGUGAAGAGAUCAAGAGAUCGGUUCAGAGGAGAGUCCGACAAGAGGAGAAAGCUGGAAGAAGUGAAGAAACAUGAGAGUCUUUCCAAACAUCCCAACUGUGUGGAGUUCUAUAAGGCAUGGGCAGAGAGGGGACAUUUAUAUAUACAGACUGAACUCUGCAAAAUGACCUUGCAGUCUUAUGCUGAACAGAAUCACAAGAUUCCUGAACGUAUUCUCUGGAGCUUCUUAGUGGAUCUUAUACAGGGAUUGCACCACAUGCAUUCACACGGCCUGUUGCAUCUUGAUGUUAAACCAGAGAACAUCUUCAUAUCUUUUGGUAAAGUCUGCAAGCUUGGUGACUUCGGACUGUCUGUUCAAAUGAAUGAACAUGAUUUUACAGAUGCCCAAGAAGGAGAUCCUAAAUACCUAGCACCUGAGCUUUUACAGGGUCACUUUGGAAUGCAUGCUGAUGUGUUCAGCUUGGGUAUAACGAUCUUCGAGCUCGCCAGUGACUUGGAGCUUCCUCGUAAUGGAGACUCCUGGCAUGAUCUACGGAGGGGGAGGAUACCAUGGCAACUAACAGCCGGAAUUUCAUCUGAUCUUAAAGGAUUGAUAAAGAAUAUGAUGAAUCCAGACUUUCAAAAGAGACCGUCCCUUGCUGAACUGAUGGAGACUAGUGUAGUUCAACGUACCAUCGCCUGGCAGAGAAGAAAGAGGGCGCUGUCCAGAAUGUGGAACAAGUUUCAAGGAUUCCUUUCGCUUCUGUUCACCCUACUGAGUGCUGCAGUGUUCAAGAUCUUAUCCCCAUCCAAGCAUAGUAUCAACCAAGAUGAGAUCGAUGCCCCUGUGAUCAAACAUAGGCACCCGUCAUCGUGGGAUCUCAGCUUCUCAGAUGAUGAGAUAUUUGAGAGUGACACAUCGCAUGGUUCCUUGGGCUGUCCUUUAGGCAGUCUUUCAUUCUCAAGUGAGGAAGAUGCCUGCAACAUCCAGCAUACAAAAGCUAUACAUAACAGUAAGAACAUCCUGACUCCGUCUACACCAACGCUAUUGAAGAAGAAGAAGUGCGGUGGUCCUACUCCAAGAAGCUCAUCUCCCAUCACUAAACACAGACAACCAGCAAAGCUGAGUCCAUGUGGAAGUCCCAAUGUAAGCUUAGUAAGAGACGCUGAAUGGAUGGGCACCCCCACGCGUCCUUCGCCGUCCAGAACGUCGGUCCUUCUCACCCCGAGAUGCACUCCUAGUAAACUAGAUUUCAGCUCGAUAGAUAGUGAGACAGAGAGACAUAGUUGUAUGAUUGAACCUAGGAGCUUAAGUUUGGAAUUUGAUGAGUUGGGGGAAGACAGUGACUGAAACAGAGACUUCCUUGACCACAUGCUGUAUUGUGAAUAUUCAUGAGAAGCCAACAUUAUGAGGCUGUAAAGCAUUGACAAAUACAGUAUUGAAGAAUUCAUUAGACCUUUAUAUGGGUUGUGUGGUCUAGCCUUGGACUUAUGUACAUGAGGUCAAGGGUUCAAAUCCCUGCUCGGACGUUAUCUCCACUUUAUCAAACCAAACUGGGCUGAGAGUAAUUCAUUUCAUCUAUAACUGAUUAACUGAGACAUUGUGGCCCAUAUUCUAAACUGUGGUUAACUAAAAUAUGGUCAGGGCCUGUUGCAUGAUCGCUGUAAAAAACUCUUGGAAAGAAACAAAAACUCUGGGUAACAAAAUUAUGCAAUUGAAACUUACACAUUUUUUUCAUGGCAAAAGUGUUAUGCAACCGGCUCCUGAUUUUGUGGUUUAACUAUAGAGAGCCGAACAUUUCACGGGCUUAUGACAUGACAGGCUCACAGUAUCUGCUCAUUUUACACUUAAAUCAUUUGUAACUGUCUUUCAAUGAUAAUCAAACUAGCUUUCUUCAUCAUUAAAGAUAAAUGCCAGUUGUGGUAACAAUCUAAAAAUGACUUGUUACGGAAUCCGAUAUAAUGACCCUCCAAGUGCCUGUUUGUGUGAAUAAAAAAUACGUGCCAAAGGAUUCUGGAAGAAAUAAGCAAAGUAAGCGCAGAUUCAGGCACUUCCGUUGGGUCUUUAUUCCAGCAAUAAUAGUACACUGUCCCACGUGUGCCUAUCUGUGUUGGCAAUCUUCACUGUGAUUGUUUUUCAGCUUAGAUUUAAUGAUUUCACAAAGUUCAAUUUAUGUAACUGUACCUGAUCUAGAUCCACAAUGAUAUAGUAAUAUUUAACCUUGGUUUUUCAGACUUUCUAAUGAAGUCAGUGUUUUUCUGCAAGUACUUUCAUUUAGCUUUAA